AGUAGACAUGAAAUUAUUAUGUACUGUACACUCAAUGCACCGCAAUAAUGAGUGCACAAUUCUCGCGUCUCGGCGGAAGAUGGCGCCCACACUACAAGCGAGCCCAAUUAAGUCUUCGAAUACACUUAAUCGUUUUUAGUCACUUAUUCUAGUGAACUAUACUACUUAAGGUAAUAAUAAAUGAAAGUAUAAGGGACUAUCUCGGACACAUCCAGAGUUUCUCUGUGAUUGCGCCUUGUUGCGUACCCCGUGACGUCACUCCCCAACGUGGCACCGCCCCCUUCAAUCCUCUGUUUUGACAUCCUCGCAUCAGCAUCAUCCGGCGCAUCCCUUCACGCGCGCUCUGGGCACGGAGGCGGAGGCGGGGAUCUCUCGCUCUUUCUGUCUCUCCAUCGGGUCAGCCAUUUAAAUAUUAAACAGUGCACGUUGUAUUUCACGUGGCACUGGUCGGUGCCACUGUCUGCAACUAUCGCAUCAUUUCUUGUUUUUGAAGAGAAACGUCACAUUGCCGGGAUGUCGAGUCUGCUGGAUAACCCUCUGCAGGCGGUGUUGUAUCUGAAGGAGCUCACCGCCAUCGUGCAAAACCAACAAAGUCUCAUCCAAACCCAACGAUAUCGGAUAGACAUCCUCGAGCGCCGACUGGAGGAUCUAGUGCUUGAGAAUCGGCAGCUACGGGACUCCAGCAGCCAUCACCGGCACCCUCCCCGCUAUCAUCCGCCUCCGCCCCCCCGGACCUCCAGCCUGCCCCGAACGAGCCCGGCCAGCAGAGACCCGGUUCAGUCCCAGACCCAGGAGCAUCAAUCCCCACACGACAUGCAGCUCGUGCCCGCUGGAGCCAUUAGUGCCAGUUCGGACUCUCCGGAUCAAGAUGAUGAUGUAGCUCAGGACCCCUGCUGUCGGUCCCUGGUCCCACAAAGACCUGCCACCCUGUGUCGAGCUGUGGGACUCCCACGGGCAUCAGAAAGCCAGACGGUCCUGCAUCAGUUCUGCUGUCCUGCACCAGAACCUUCAGAUGGAGACUUCAUGACCUGCUCCAGCUCUACUCCGACAGCGAGAGAGGAAGAGAAAGAUGAGAAAAAACACAUGGAGUCUGACGUUCCCUGCUCACAGCCUCCAGAAUAUGAGCUCUCACCUGAUCUCAAACAAAAACAGAUUGAAGAGCUGGAGCAAAAGUAUGGCGGUCCUCUGAUUUCCCGGCGUGCUGCCUGUAAGAUCCAGACUGCUUUUCGUCAGUACCAGCUGAGUAAGAACUUCCAGAAGAUUUGUAACUCAGUUCUGGAGAGUGGGAUACCACGGCGUAUGUCAGUACGUAGGGUCCGUGUUCAGAGGGAUGGGUUUUCUGCUGAACGGGCUUUGAUGGAGGGUUGUUCACUCAUGGGUAUCCCACUCACACACUCCACAUCACUGCCGGUGGGUACAUCGACUACACUCACACACCUGGAGGAUACCUUCACUGAACAGGUGCAGUCAUUAGCACGGUCCAUUGACGAAGCUUUAUGCAGCUGGAGUUCAGCACGAGAUGGCGAAGCAGAAAGAUCUUCUGCGGUCCCUUCCUCUGCGUCUCAUCCUGAGGGGAUUCUGAUGGACUCCACCACCCUACAGGAACCCUCGCACAGCAGCGGUGUGGAGAGCAUUCCCCGCAGUGCCAGUAAACUUAUGAUGGCUUUCAGAGACGUCACUGUUCAAAUUGACAACCGUAACUUUCGCCUCUCCUCAUCCAUGCUGGAAUCGGUUUCCCUUGGUAACGGCGUAUCCAAGGAGACCAGCUCAGAAGCCCAAACGAGGGGCCAGUCCGAAUCAUCCGACACAGUCGAUCCUGAGUUUCCAGCGCCGCCCCCCAACGAAGACGAGAAAGAGAACCGACAGCCGAUCGGAUCGGAUGUACACAGCGCAGGGGCGGGGCAGGAGGGAAAACCGACCAGUCAGAAUCUGUCUGAGACGGCAGAAAACAGUUCAGAGCCUGUUAGUAGCAGCAGUACCUCAACAUCAGCAUGUGAGACGAUGAUUCUGUCUCUGCCCCGCCCACACUGCCAGGACACGCCCUGUGGCACCCUCUCUACAGAUAUUGCACGCAAGCGCCUAUACAGAAUUGGACUCAACCUCUUCAAUGUGAAUCCAGAUAAAGGCAUCCAGUUCCUGAUAUCCAGGGGCUUUAUUCCAGACACAGCCAUAGGCGUGGCUCACUUCCUGUUACAGAGGAAAGGAUUGAGCCGACAGAUGAUUGGAGAAUUUCUGGGUAACAGCAAGAGACAAUUCAACAGAGACGUCUUAGACUGUGUUGUGGAUGAGAUGGAUUUCUCUAUGCUGGAGUUGGAUGAAGCGUUGAGGAAGUUUCAGUCUCAUGUAAGAGUUCAGGGAGAAGCACAGAAAGUGGAGAGACUCAUUGAAGCGUUCAGUCAGAGAUACUGUAUGUGUAACCCAGAUGUGGUUCAGCAGUUUCAUAAUCCAGACACCAUCUUUAUCUUGGCCUUCGCAAUAGUACUGCUGAACACUGACAUGUACAGUCCCAACAUCAAACCAGAGCGCAAGAUGCUGCUGGAAGACUUCAUUCGUAACCUUAGAGGGGUGGAUGAUGGGGCGGACAUUCCUCGGGAGAUGCUGGCUGGGAUUUAUGAGCGGAUUCAACAGAGGGAACUUCGUUCCAAUGAGGACCACGUGACCUAUGUUACUCGCGUGGAGCAAAGCAUUCUUGGAAUGAAAACGAUUCUGUCGGUCCCUCACCGCAGGCUCGUAUGUUGCAGUCGACUCUAUGAGGUCAUUGACGUCAACAAACCUCAGAAACAGGCGUCACAUCAGAGGGAGGUCUUCCUCUUCAAUGACCUCAUAGUGAUUCUGAAGCUGUGUCCUAAGAAGAAGACUACAGCCACAUAUACAUUCUGCAAAGCCAUGGGGUUACUGGGAAUGCAGUUUCACCUGUUUGAGAAUGAGUAUUAUCCUCAUGGAAUUACGUUAUUGUCUCCGUUCUCCUCGGAGAAGAAGCAGGUGGUGAGUUUCUGUUCUCCGAGCGCUGAAGAGCUGCUCAAGUUUGUAGAGGACCUGAGGGAGAGCAUCGCAGAGGUGGCAGAGAUGGAGCAGAUUCGCAUCGAGUGGGAACUAGAAAGACAACAGGUUGUGAGAAAUCGGACCAACAAGAACGGCACACAGCUAGACAUCCAUGCCGGACCUAGUUCUGCUACAGGAGAUGAUUACUAUGACAAAACUGGAAGCAACACUUUAGAGGUGUCAAUUCACAACAGGCUCCAAACGUACCAACUCAGCUCUCCUCUGGUCCCAACCAGCGCUCAGCAACACCUGGCCGUCCUGCCUAGCCCCGCCCACGGCUCCGCCCUCACCAUCUCCCCCGACACCCUCAUCCAGUGCCAGCAGAUCGUCAAGGUGAUCGUCGUCGACGCCGCCGGGCGCGGCCACGUGGAGGCCUUCCUCAGCCACAACCCCGCCCAUCGACUCAUCCAGUCGGCCGUCUCCACGCCAACCAGAACGAGGGAGGCUGGCAAGCAGCAGCAGCCGCCCCUCCCUCCUCCACCGCCUCCUUAUCAUCACCCCCAUCAGUUUUGCCCCCCCACCCCUCCGCCGCCACGCCACCUACUGAGCCAACGCAGGUACUCCAGCGGCACACGCAGUCUGGUUUGAGCGCACUGUUACAGGUUUCUUUCAGUGUUGAACGUUUUCCCGAACCUGCACAACUUUUUAUGGUGUAACACGAUCAAGCAAAAACAAAGGACUGGAAAUGAGAAAAAUAACAGCUUGUAAAUAAUGACUGGAUUUCCACGGUGAACGAUUCUUUAGCCACAAACAAUCUGCACUCUUAAAAAACGUAAAAUAGCACAAACAGCCCAUUUUGAAGUAUAAAUUCACAUCUAUUAUAAGACACUAGAUUAAUACCCUUACUGGAGGACCUCAUGGCCUUCACGUGAAGAUUUAGUGUGAGCAAUGUAGAUGUAGAGGAGUUUUAUAAGGGAUUUCACAGAUUUUGUUUGGUGUGUUCAUUUCGUCUUAAUCGUAUGAUGUGUUUAUAUUUUUGGAUUUUCCUUUAAACGGGAAGUUGUGUGCCCCUCUUGAUCUAAACUACACAGAUGUUAGAUUCAUAUUUAAUGUUACCAGAAAAACAGAUAUUUGCAUUCAUGUAAUUCUUCACAUACUGUAGUAUUUUGUAUAGAAAUAGUCAAAUCUUCUUUCAUCUCUGAAGUUAGUCUGUUUUUUUUAAUAAAGCAAAAGUACAUCCCACCUCCAACAAACAUACAAACGUCCCUGAUGAGAAUUAAGUGAUGAUGCCACUAAAGGAUAUAAAAGCUCCAGAUGUUAUUUUGUAUUUUGCAUCAUCUACUUACUUUUUACUGUAUAUCCAAUCAUCUUUCUCAGCUGCAUCGUCCAGUUUGAAGGAUUCACUUCAUCUUGACAGUCACACACCAGAAACCCUUUAAAAUCUUUAUACCCGCUCCUAACUCGUGUCUUUAUCUCAAAGUCCAUAAAAAACUCCUUCUCAACUUAAUUAAAAGUGCUUUGAAGCACACUUCUUAAGUUCUGAGUCAUCAUGAUGUCCUUCAGCAGCACAAGCUGUACUGAAAUAAUCAAUAUCACCUGCAGGACGAUCGGCUGAUGAAAGCUUUAAUGUGAUUGGUUACUGAUUUGGUGGGGGAGAGUAUGAAAGUAUUUUGCUUUAAGAAUCACUUCAUAAUAAGUUUAAUUUAUAACAUUGACAACCAGUAUGAAAUAUAUACUGCUUAACAAUAUUAAUUUAUUCAUCCAUUCAUUGUUUAAUGUUUGUUACGUUGCACGUUUCUUAAAAGUUUUUUUAAGGGGGCUGUAGGUUGCAUACAACACUUUGGUGUCUGUUUGAUGUCUUAUUGUUAGAAAAUGACAACAAAUAGAAAGAAUAAUGUUGUUACUGUAGAUGUCUGUGUGCAAAUACACGACACAACUUUUCUUAAAGGGGACAUAUCAUGACAAUCAGACCUUUUCCAUGUUUAAGUGCUAUAAUUGGUGAUGUCAGAAGGGGAUCUUAUUAUAAUAAUACCGCCCCCUGAAUCUGCACUAUCCAACCACAGCACUGCAAUUUAGUGCAGAGAUCAGCUCAUUUGCAUUUUAAAGGACACACCCAAAAUGUAUCACACCUAAAAAAUUUAAGUUUUAAAAAGUUAUAAUAAAUUGUCUGUGGGCUAUUUUGAGCUAAAACUUCACAUGCAUACUCUGGGGACACCAAAGUUUUAUUUUAAAUUGUGAAAUGUCCCCUUUAAUGUAAUCCAAGUGUUUCCAAAUUGUAUUUUCACUUGGCUAAUGUGUUUUUGUUUGUUGGUUUGUGUAAAUAAGAACAGAAUAUUUAUUACAUUGAGAUGAUUUUGAAAGAAGAGAUGUAAUGGUGUGUCAAAUCAACAUUAUUAUUGAGUGUCAGUUCUUACAGAGCGACUCAGUAGCGUGUAACUGUGAUGAACCUGGUGCUCAGGUAGUUUCAUGUGAAAACCAGGUGCACAAAGAAAAUAUUUCAUGUUAUAUACCACAUGGCUAUGACUGAGAAAUUGUAUAUUUUUAAACCGUAUCACUUUAAUAUUAUGUUAAAUUAUCUUUCAAAAAUAUUAUCGGAUGAAUUUUGUGUUUGCCACCUAAAAUGUUUUCUGUAUUUGCAUGUCACAAUUAUUUCCUUCAUGUGCAGAUAUUUAUGAAGAGCUUUUAUUGGGAAUAUAUUUCAGAUGUAUGAUGCUUAUAUUUAUGUCACAAUUUUUAGUUGUUUCGGUUUAUUAUUCUGCAUCAAUUGUUUGUGUUCGAGGCAUUAUUUGAAAUGAUGUCAUUCUGUGCUUAAGACACAGAAAAUACAGAAAAGCAGCAAAAAAUGUAUUUAUAAAUCUAUAUUUAUUCAUAGGAGGAUGAAAGCUUUACUGUAUAGUUUGCACAUCUGUGUUUAUUCAUUAUACACUGAUACACUCA